AUGGCCGCUGCAGAAUGUGAGUCGGGCUGGAGAGUCUUUGACGGCGAGCUCAGCUGCGAAGAUAUCAUCAGCAACUCUAGAAGCUUCGGCGACUUUUCAGAUGUCUCUGAAUACGCCGGCAUUCAAUGCAGUGGGUAUAGAAACGACCCAGACGUCACUGAGCUUGGGAUAAACAGUGGCACCGAUUGGGGUCACCAUGCUGUUGACAAAGAUCGGGAUUAUGUUCUUGAACCCGCGGGUGUUGUACUUGUUACUGGAUCCGGCACACAUGACACUGGCGAUACGGCAGACUCGGCCUCAUAG